AUGUUCAUUCUCAAGUCGAGCUUAUUAAAAAAUACUAAGCUCAUAUCAAUCAAAAGCAACACUAAAAUAUCUUACCGAGCCUUAUACUUCAGAAGAUGUAUGACAUUUGAAGGCAAUACAGGUAAAAUUGAACAAUCUCCGGAGGAAAGAGCAGCUAAAAUUUUUGGUGGCGGCGACAAUAAAUAUAAUGCUGUUAGACAAGAUGGUGGUAAUACCACAACAAGUAGAUUUAUCUCGCAAUCAAAUAAAAUAGCUUGUAAAAUAGAAGGAAUAUCUAUUCCAGCGAAACCAAUAGAACCAGAUAACUGUUGCAUGAGCGGAUGCGUAAAUUGUGUUUGGUUAAUGUAUCAGGAUGAUAUGCAACACUGGAGACAUCAAAGGAAAUUAGCUGCGGAAGCCAUAAAUAGGACAAAUAAUAUAUGGCCAGCAAAGUAUGAUCCACCUAUCAAGUGGUUGAAUGAAAAAAAUAUUCCAGUUGAAUUAAGGCAUAAAAAAAGAGAACUGUUAUUGCAUGAACAUGCUAAGAAAGCUUUUAAAUUCCCACCUAGGGAAGAUAGUAUUCCUGCACAUGUUUUGGCAUUAAAACGCAAAAAAAAAGUAUCUGAGAAAAAGAAGGAAGCUUUAAAGUUAAAGAAUGAAAAUAGGGAGGGUGGACAGUCUGUGGAAAAAGAACAUGAUAAUGAAGACGAAGAUGAAGAUGAUGGUGUCCCCGAAUUCAUAAAGGCUUUUGCUAAAUUUGAAAGAAAAAAAAGAUUAGAAAAACAAGGAAAAUUAUAA